AUGAAGCGCUUUGAUUUACAGAAUUGGCCAGGUAUCAGAGAUGUUUUACGAGAUAUCCGACAUCAUGUGGAUACCUAUGCUAAGGAAAGCCCGGUUGCUAAAGACAAACAAAUCGUUCUCUAUGCAUCGCGUGAUAAUGCUCAGGAGGAUGAAAAGAAAGCACUGGUGGCGAGUGGACUGAAUUCGGUGAUCAAUUAUGAACUGGGCAAUAUUGGUAAAGAUAACAAAAUUUGCCAUCAUGCGGAGGGAAACGUGGCUGGAUGUGUCCAUGAAAUUUUGUCCGAUGUUGUACUCUUCCAUACAACAAAUGAUGUACCGGCUAUGUGGGAGUUUGGUAAUCCGCACUUGUCCAGGAUUGCUUCUCGUGUUCAGUCACAGCAGCAAGCUGAAUUGCUAACAAUGGUACAGUUGUUGCUACCGGGCACUAACAGUAUAUAUUAUGGUGAAGAAAUUGGAAUGCUCGAUUUGCCGCCAGAGCAACUGACACAUAAUACAGUAUGCUAUCCCUUUGUAUCCCUCCCUAUAAGCUAUCACUGA